CUUGGUGACAGCAACUUUCACUCUUUUUCAUCUUUCCUGCUGUGAGAAGGUUUACAAUGUGGAUUGUGUGUGAAGCUCUGCUAGCUUUCGGCAUGCUGCUGAUUUCAGCAGAAGCACAACAUUUGGUUCAUCUGACAGUUGAAAAACAGCAGUCAGAUAAAGGAACAGAUUUAAUCUUUUUAUGCCUGCUACCGUCUAAGGAGAGAUUCGGGCUCGAUGCGAGGGGCACCUUUGAGCUUUACAAGAAUGGAGAGUUGCUCGACACAAAGUCCAUGGUGGGUUUGCCUGCAACCAAGUUUACAAUUUCAAAUGUCAGCAAGAAUAACGAUGGGAGUUACUGGUGUGUGUUCACGCUGAGCACGCCUUACAUCGUCAAGAGUGCAUCUCUCAUCCUACGAAAUAACGAGGUCGUCAGUUCCACCGAAACACAAAAUACAGAAACAGGCAAGUGCACAGAUUAUUUUCAUCUUUUUCGUGAUCACGUUCCCUCCGCUUAUCUUGCUUCUAAUGCAAGAUCAGGUUUUGUUACAAUGGGAAUAUUUAUUUUCCUAAUAUUAAUGGCAGGCGGGAUAGCAUAUUUUAUCAAACGAAAGAGAGAUUCUGCCAACAUAAGAUUAGGUGCAGAACCUCAAAUCCAGACAAGCGCUUCAUCAAUGGAAGCAGACGUAUCACCUAUGUACUCUGAACUGCAAUACACACCACAAGAUGUCAGCAAAUCACCAAAAGAGCAUCGCAGCAGCGUGGUGUACUCCCAGAUAGCACAGAGAACAUGGAGCCACUAUCAGCAUGAGGAAGUGACGGGACACUGAAGCUGGAGGCUCCUCUCUACUUUGUGACUCGUACAAUGAAAUCUUUUA